AUGGAUGAAGAUUACGACGUUAUUGUUUUAGGUACUGGAUUAACUGAAUGUAUUCUAUCAGGAUUAUUAUCUGUUGAAGGUAAAAAGGUGUUGCAUAUUGAUAGGCAGGACCAUUAUGGAGGAGAAUCAGCAUCUGUUACACUUUCCCAGUUAUAUUCGAAGUUUAAGCAAAACUCACUGUCAAAAGAAGAGAUAGAGAAAAAGUUUGGUCGUGACAGAGAUUGGAAUGUUGAUUUGAUUCCGAAGUUUUUGAUGGCGAAUGGAGAAUUGACUAAUAUUUUAGUUCACACAGACGUUACUAGAUAUGUUCAGUUUAAGCAAGUAAGUGGCUCUUACGUGUAUAAUAAGGGCAAGGUUUACAAAGUUCCUGCAAAUGAGUUUGAGGCGAUUUCAUCACCAUUAAUGGGUAUCUUCGAGAAGAGAAGAAUGAAGAAGUUUUUAGAGUGGAUUGGCGAUUAUAACAAAGACGAUGUGAAAACUCACCAAGGAUUGGAUUUGGAUCGAAAUACUAUGGAAGAGGUUUACUACAAGUUUGGUUUGGGUAACAGUACCAAAGACUUCAUUGGACAUGCUAUGGCGUUGUGGACGAAUGAUAAUUACUUGCAUCAACCAGCAAGACAGACUUUUGAGAGAAUUGUCUUGUACGUUCAAAGUGUUGCGCGUUACGGCAAAUCCCCCUAUCUAUACCCACUAUACGGCUUGGGAGAACUUCCACAAGGGUUUACGAGAUUGUCAGCUGUUUUUGGGGGCACAUAUAUGUUGAAUACCCCAGUCGAAAAGGUGCUCUACGACGAUGACGGUAAGUUUACUGGAAUUGUAACCAAAGAGGGCAAAGCUAAUGCUCCAUUAGUGAUUGCAGACCCUACAUAUUUCCCUGAAAAGUGUAAAUCCACAGGUCAGAAGGUUAUUAGAGCCAUCUGCAUCUUGAAUCACCCUGUUGCUAACACUUCUAAUGCUGAUUCCUGUCAAAUAAUUAUCCCUCAAUCCCAAGUUGGGAGAAAGAAUGACAUCUAUAUUGCGGUCGUAUCUGACGCUCAUAAUGUUGCUUCUAAGGGCUAUUACUUGGCUAUUAUAUCCACAAUUAUUGAAACAGACAAGCCACACAUCGAAUUAGAACCGGCUUUUAAAAUUCUUGGUACAAUUGAAGAACGUUUUAUGGGCAUUGCAGAAAUUUUUGAGCCAAAAGAGGAUGGCUCUAAGGAUAAUAUCUAUUUGUCCAAGUCUUAUGAUGCCUCCUCUCAUUUUGAGUCAAUGAAUGAUGAUGUAAAGGAUGUGUACUUCAGAGUCACUGGUCAACCAUUGGUCUUAAAGAAGAGAGCAGACGUGGAAGCUGAACAAUAG